GAUAACAUUCCUAGCCCGGCAUCAAUAACAACAACUCCUUCGGCUUGGUCUUCACCAGCCAGUGGGUCAAUCGCCAAUAUUUAGUGCCGUUCCUGCAAUCUUGGAAAAAAUUGACUCCGCCUCAGGGCUACCAAGAUGAUGUAAUGUCGACGCCCCGGAAGUUGUCGCCUUGACGGACAACAUACAGACCUUGACCCCUGAGGAUUGUCAGUUGCACAAAUGCUGGGUCUCCUGGCAGUUUUCGCCACGCUGUGGCAGGUAGCAGCCACUGAUUCAAACAGUUGUUCAAAUAGCGUUACUAUCUCCAGUCAAAUUGACGCCAACAAUUUGGCCAACUGCGAUACUCUCGGUGGCAGUCUGACCAUCGCGUCCUCUGUCAGCGGGGCAAUCACGUUGAACAGCAUCGAGGAGAUCAAGGGAUCCCUCACCGCGGAAGGGGCUGACGGGCUGACGGGGAUCAUCGCCCCUAAUCUUGAUACUAUUCAAGGUACCCUAACGUUGGUUAGCCUGGGAUCCCUAACCACUUUGACGAUGAGUGCAUUGUCAGAUGUCUCAUCAGGGAUUACUAUCACGGGCAACUCAAAACUCAAGACCCUCAGCAUGGGGGAUCUCGAGAAAGUUAAUGGUCAACUGAAGCUGACGGGCUCAUUUACCAGUGUGUCAUUACCAUCACUCGAUGAAGUCAAUGGCGAAACAACCAUUCGUGGCUCAAAUUCCAUGUUGUGCAGCGCCCUAAACAGCCUCCAGUCUAAAGGCGUGUAUCGUGGGAGUUACUACUGUGUGGCGUCGGGAUCGGGUUACUCGCUCAGUCCGGCUGCUAAAGGAGGCAUUACAGUCGGCGUCAUUUUGGGGGGACUGUUAAUUCUACUUGUUCUAUGGUAUGUCUUACGGGCGCGUCGCUAUCGAAAGAACAAAAAUAUGCCACCGGUGGGCUCUCUCUCGUCAUCGACGGUAGAAUCCGAUGAGAAGCAAACUAGUCUGCACGAUCAGCCGUCACCAUUGCCGAGUCCGAAGCCACCGGUCCCGAGGAAGCCUUUGGGCCCUCCGCCAGCACAACUAGAUGGGCGUUCGGUCUAUGAAAUGCCAAAUGCCUCGACCCCUGUUCGUGAAUAUCAUGAGUUGGACGCAGGUCCUGUUCUUAGCUCACAUCAAAGGCCGAUACACUCCGAGGCAUAACAAGAGGGAUUUUUAUGUUCAAGAAGUGAUUAUACAUUUCCAGGUCAUCUAGGCAAUUAGCUGCAUUAAGUCUUAUCCUACCAUCCUCUGUGGUGGGAUCUUGCUUCUGCCAAUCAAAAUGGAAAACAUAUUCAUAGCC